UGGUUGGUUUUCAGGGCGUCUUUCAUGUAUUCAGAACCUAGAAACUGACUCACGGCACCUGUUUUUUUCUAGGUCGAGGAUGUUUCGCUACCUGUGCAGGUAGCUUCACCUGCACAUAAUUAUCCCACUGAUAUUUCUGAGGUCUGUCGUAAAUCUUGCCUCCACUGCAGCGUUGCCGUUUAGUCAUUAACUCAGAUUUCUUAGUGAGAUCAUUCGCAGACUGUCUGACGCAGUGGACACGGUUCUGCUAUAAAAACCGCCAUAAAUGAGAACAUGACUGCACCAAAACUAUUAAAUUAUGAGCUGAAUGAGGGGGAAAUAGAUGCUUCCCUUUUCUUCUCAUCAUCUGGUUCAAACACACUCUCUUUAUGGGAACAUGUUCGUAUCCAUUGUGGCCUCCUGCUCACCUGCCGACCACAUAACAAGCGCUGUCCUGGUCACUCAUUACCUACUGGGAGUAAUAAUACAGACACACCUGAGCUACUAUGGGCAAAAGGUAACCAUAAAACCUGUCUUUAUUUGAAAAGGACACAAAUGAGGCCAAUGUCCCACGCUCACCUGAUUGGCUUAGCUCGGCCACAGAUGUCACUUCCUCGGGGGCUGUUCUUCUUAGCAAUAAAACAUUACACAGAUAAAGCUCAUAAAACCCUUAAGAGCUUCGGAGCGCACACGUACACAGUCUAUGAGGAGGGAGCGCGUUGUGACGAACAGAAGGAUUCGGCAGCAGCUGCGGGAGACAACGCACACGUCUGUAAGACACAUCGACAAAGAGGAGCAUAAAGGGCUCGGAGGCCCUCGGAUACGCGGAGAAGGAACGAAAGCCAAGCCUGAAGACCAGAAAAACCCAAAUCGAGCAGAUUUCGCUUCUGUCUGGGUGCACGAUGGUGGCCUUUGGACUGGAGCUGGUCGGCGUGAGCCUGUCGGUGCUCGGCUGGGCGCUGAGCGUGGUCAGCUGCGCGCUGCCCAUGUGGAGGGUGUCGGCCUUCAUCGGCGCCAACAUCGUCACGGCCCAGGUGUACUGGGAGGGCCUGUGGAUGAGCUGCGUGUUCCAGAGCACGGGCCAGAUGCAGUGCAAGGUCUACGACUCCAUGCUGGCGCUGCCCCAGGACCUGCAGGCGGCCCGGGCGCUCACCAUCGUCUCCAUCGUCAUCGGGGUUCUGGCCCUGCUCAUCUCCCUGGUGGGGGCCCAGUGCACGAACUGCAUCGAGGACAAGGGCGCCAAAGCCAGGGUCAUGGCCUCCUCCGGGGGCGGGUUCAUCGCAGCGGCUGUGGCCCAGCUGGUGCCGGUUUCCUGGUCGGCCAACACCAUCGUCACCGAGUUCUACAGUCCGAUCGUGCCCAACGGGCAGAAGAUGGAGAUCGGGGCAGCCAUGUCCAUGGGUAUGGAGAUUGUGGGCAUCGCCCUCGGAUGCAUUGGAUUUAUCAUCGCAAUAGUGACGUGCGCGCUGCCAAUGUGGAAGGUGACCGCUUUCAUUGGGGCCAACAUCGUCACGGCUCAGACCAUCUGGGAGGGUCUGUGGAUGAACUGUGUCAUCCAGAGCACGGGCCAGAUGCAGUGCAAGAUCUACGACUCCAUGCUGGCGCUGAAUCCGGACCUGCAGGCGGCCCGAGCCAUGACCGUCGUGGCCAUCAUCCUGGCGCUGCUCGGCGUCCUCAUCUCCAUCGUCGGCGCCAAGUGCACCAACUGCAUCGAAGACGAGGCGUCCAAGGCCAAGGUGAUGAUCAUCGCCGGCAUAUUCUUCCUCCUGGCCGGCCUCCUCGUCCUCAUCCCCGUCUCCUGGACCUCCAGCGUCAUCAUUCGGGACUUCUACAACCCCCUCCUGACCGACGCGCAGCGGAGGGAGAUCGGCGCCUCGCUCUACAUCGGCUUCGGCGCCGCCGUCCUGCUGAUCAUCGGCGGUGCCAUGCUGUGCAGCAGCUGCCCGCCCAAGGAGAAGCAGUACAAGCCCCCCAGGAUGAUGUACUCGGCUCCACGCAGCGCCAGCGGAGCAGGUUACGACAAGAAAGACUAUGUCUGAGGAGCACUUGAUUUGGAAACUUGUAUAUAUGACGUUGUGUGUUGCAUGUGGGCGUCGCUUUCGCUGUUUUCCCUCUUUGCUAAAGAAAAAUUGUUUCAUCCCAACAAACACAUCACGGCAAAAAGCCUGUGCAAAACAAGGCUCGGUUCAGAUCAAACUGGAGUUAUAAGAUGGGAUGGGCUCCAGCAGACGUUACUGUUCUUUAGUCAGUCCUGAAGCUAAACUCAUGUACAAGUUUAGACUUGUUCAAGAUUUAGAACAGGUGCAGUAGGUUUUCCAGCCUGACCUCUGCCAGAGGUGAGAUUAUGAUUUAUACACAAAAUGUCAAGAGAGAGUUAGAAAUUGUGGCAGUAGAUGAAGCUGUUUUUGUGCGAUUGCUGAGUUUGAGCAAUUUUAGGGGAAUUCCCAUUAAAAGACUCCGAGAUGAAGGCGACGGUGUUCGUAGUUGAUCUUUCUGCUUUGCUUUAGUUGACAUUAGGCCCAGAUUCCCCAAGGAAAGAUCAGUUAUCAGUUAUAUUAUUUUUAGUUAAAUGUUCUGAAAUUCAACUGUUCUGUUACUGGCGUACAUGUCGUAUACUACACCUACUGUGACAUCAUUCAAAUUAAAAAAGCACCUCAUGUGUGAGGCUUUGUCAUACGGCUGUGGGUCACAUAUCGCGUUUCACUGAAACUAUACUUAAAGCCCUGCGUGUUCCACUGACAAUGACCAGGAGAGGCCAGCUCUCAUUUUACAGGGCUGUGGUUGCUGUGUGCGAGUGUGCGCGUGCUUUGCAUGUAAUAUUUGUUUAGGAGAGUUUCUGCUGAGACUGAAACUAAAGAUGGCUCCAUGAUACGGCCACGUAUGAUGUCCUCCUCCAACGUGUCAGCGUGUGGAGAACAAAAUGUCUGACCAUAAAAACGGCCACGUUUGAUGUCUUUUUAUUUCAGUUUUAUUUCUUUUAGCCACGUUUCCAUACUUUAAUUAGAUUUAUAGAUGUCGUACUUUCACUUAUCAUGUUGUGUGAAAUGUUGAGCUCUGACCUCUGCUCAUCUGAAUGUCAAACAAAGAGGAUAUUCGUUUUUAGGUACAAGGUAUGUUUGUGUCAAUUUAAAAAAACAUGUCACUGUUUAAAUAUCAUUUAUUUUAAAGUUUUAUGUCAUUUUUUGUAACAAACUUUGAAUCAUAGUAGUACUUGAAUUAUAAAUGUGUUGAAGAUUUCAAUAAAAGUCAUUGUAACAAUAA